AUGAGCAAAGUGCCGGCCGUGGGUAUCGAUCUGGGAACCACGUACUCGUGCGUGGGCGUGUGGCAGCACGGCAAGGUGGAGAUCAUCGCCAACGACCAGGGCAAUCGUACGACGCCCAGCUAUGUGGCCUUCACGGACUCGGAGCGGCUGAUCGGAGACGCGGCCAAGAGCCAGGUAGCAAUGAAUCCGCGGAACACGGUUUUCGAUGCCAAACGUUUGAUCGGUCGUAAAUUUGAUGAUCAGAAAAUACAAGCGGACAUGAAGCACUGGUCGUUCCAAGUGAUCAACGAGAACAGUUUGCCCAAAAUAUCCGUGGAGUAUAAGGGCGAGAGGAAGAUAUUUGCUCCGGAAGAGAUCAGUUCAAUGGUGCUUACAAAAAUGAAAGAAAUCGCCGAAGUUUAUCUGGGCGGAAAGGUCACCGACGCGGUGGUCACCGUGCCGGCAUACUUCAACGACUCGCAGAGGCAGGCGACCAAGGACGCGGGCGCCAUAGCGGGGCUGAACGUGUUGCGGAUCAUCAACGAGCCGACAGCCGCGGCGCUGGCGUACGGGCUGGACAAGAACCUGAAGGGCGAGAAGAAUGUGCUGAUCUUUGAUCUGGGUGGUGGCACGUUCGACGUCUCCGUGCUGGCCAUCGACGAGGGUUCGCUGUUCGAGGUCAAGUCGACGGCUGGGGAUACGCAUCUGGGCGGCGAGGACUUCGACAACCGGCUGGUGGCACACUUCGUCGACGAAUUCAAGCGCAAGUGCAAGAAGGACAUCGGCGGCAACACGCGCGCGCUCCGGCGCCUAAGGACCGCGUGCGAGCGCGCCAAGCGCACGUUGUCGUCCAGCACCGAGGCUUCGUUGGAGAUCGACGCGCUCCAUGAUGGCAUCGACUUCUAUGCCAAGAUCACCCGGGCCCGGUUCGAGGAGAUGUGCAUGGACCUGUUCCGGUCCACGCUGUCUCCCGUCGAGAAGGCGCUGGCCGACGCCAAAAUGGACAAGGCCAGUAUAGACGACGUCGUGCUGGUGGGUGGCUCCACCCGGAUACCGAAGAUACAGAAAAUGUUGCAGGAUUUCUUUUGCGGCAAAUCAUUGAACCUGUCGAUCAACCCGGACGAGGCUGUGGCUUACGGGGCUGCCGUGCAAGCCGCCAUUCUCAGUGGCGACACCAGUUCAGCCAUCCAGGACGUUUUGUUGGUCGACGUUACUCCACUUUCACUGGGAAUCGAGACGGCCGGUGGAGUGAUGACCAAACUCGUCGAGCGCAACUCUCGUAUACCGUGCAAACAACAGCAGACGUUCACCACGUACUCGGAUAACCAGGCAGCCGUCACCAUUACAGUGUAUGAAGGUGAAAGAGCAAUGACCAAGGACAACAACCUAUUGGGUACGUUCAACCUGACAGGAAUUCCUCCCGCGCCUCGCGGCGUUCCAAAAAUCGAAGUGACAUUCGACUUGGAUGCGAACGGUAUACUCAACGUGUCCGCGAAAGAGAUCAGUACCGGUAAAUCCGAGAGGAUCACCAUCAAGAACGACAAGGGCCGACUAUCCAAGGAAGACAUCGACAAGAUGUUAAAGGAAGCGGAGAUGUACCGACAAGAGGACGAGAAGCAAAAGGAGCGUGUGAGCGCGAGAAACCAAUUGGAGAGCUACGUGUUCAGUGUGAAACAAGCCGUUGAGGAAGCCGGUACGAAAUUGUCGGAGACGGACAAAAAAGCCACGUUGGAAAGGUGUAAAGCAGUGAUCACGUGGCUGGAAACGAAUACGUUGGCUGACAAGGACGAGUUUGAUGACAAAUUGAAAGAUCUGCAGAAAGAAUGUUCACCGAUUAUGACCAAACUGCAUCAGGCCGGUGCGAAAGGGCCGAACGUCGAAGAAGUUGAUUAAACAACAAACUUUAACUGAAUUCAACAUAAUAAUAUACUAUAAUAUAUUAUAAUAUUGUCGGUAUCGUUUUCAAAGCGUAUAAAAUGUAAACCGUAAUAAUAUCUACAAAACGUGUAAAAAAUAAACCGUUUAUCCAUGCCAAAGAUGCCAAAGAUGUGUGCUAGGUACUAAAUGUAUAUUUCUGUCAGUGUUAAGUCCUAAACAUUUUGUUGUGUUUGAAAACAUUAUGGAACAAUGUAUAAAUACAAUUAACGGAAUCUGUGUAAUAUUCUAGUAUAUCGUUUCACGAACGAAUAGUUCAGCUCUAACGAAACUAAAAAUGACGUAAUAGAAUCAUAUCAUGUAUAAUUAUUCAAAAUGUUAACCUAUAAGACUUAGCAUUGUUAUAUUACAGUUUAUUAUACAAACCGACUUCAUUAAAAUGUUAUCAUGUAAAGUA